ACUGAUAGAAACGUAUACUUGCUUCUUGAGUGUAGAAGGUGCAAAGAAGUGUAGACUAAUUCCAUAAUUCAUACACGGUGGCAAAAUGAAGGUAUAUCUUUGUUUAUGAUAAACGAGAAUAAUUGGACGGCAGGAUAUAUGACAUGUAAAACAAUGCCAAAUAGAUGUACUGUAAUACUAUAAAGUUGUUAAGUUACCAAUUGAUAUAAACAAGAUUGUUGAUUAACAUGGAUUUGCCAGUGAAUGAAGAAAAUUUACAACAAAUAUUAGACAAGUUGUCUGAAGAUGAGGUUUCCAUAGAGAAAAAUCUAGAUGCAAUUCUUGCUCGACGAUGUCAUGUGGAAGCAAAGCUACAGAAUAUUGGCAAAGUGUUGCCAAAUGUGAUAAUAAUACAUACAGAAGGGGAGAAGUUUCGUGACAUGAUUGCUCAUACCAAUGAGUUAGCAGAGAAUGUUAGUGCCAAAGUAAGGCAGCUUGAUUUAGCAAGAAGCAGAGUAUGUGAAUGCCAAAGUAGAGUAAAUGAUAUAUUAGAUUUGCAAUUAUGUAGCGAAGGAGUAGCAACAGCACUACGCAAUGAGGAUUAUGAACAAGGUGCUGCUCAUGUCCAUCGUUAUUUAUCAAUGGACCAGCAAUUGUUGGAGAGAACAGCUGAAAAUGUAUCAGGAGAUCAUACUAGCAUCAGCAGUUCUCUGAUUACUCUGCAACAAGCUGCUAUGGAAUUGAGAGCAGUUGUCACUCAUAAGUUUGAUGAAGCUGUAAAAUCUGAGGAUUUGGCAUCUGUUGAGAGAUUUUUCAAGAUAUUUCCAUUAUUGGGGAUGCACUUAGAAGGAUUGAAGAAAUUCUGCAGUUACUUAUGUACUAAAUUGCAUGAGACUGCUCAGAAAAAUCUACAAAUGACAUUGGAAAUCAAGAGUAAUGAUAAGAGAGCAGCUGUUAUUUUUGCCGACACUAUGACUCUCUUAUUUGAAGGAAUUGCACGUAUUGUGGAGGUGCAUCAGCCAAUAAUCGAAACUUAUUACGGCCCUGGUAGACUUCUAAUGACAAUCUCGAUUUUGCAAAAGGAGUGUGAUAGACAGGUCAAGAAGAUUAUCAUGGUAUUCACAAAGCAGAGGUGUAUAUCGAAGAAUGUACAACUAAUAAAUGAUUACUUGCGCAAACCAAAUCCUGAAAGGAUCGAUCCCAAAGAGCUCGAUCUUCUUCUGGGUGAAAUUACAAUAAUGCAUUCAAGAGCGGAACUCUACAUACGUUUCUUAAGAAGAAGAGUGAAGAACGACAUCGAAAUCAGUACUACCGAUGAGACACAACGUACAGAUUUGCUGAAUGAAUUCGAAACGACCGUGAACAAUUCCGAAUUGGCGCAUGGGAUGCAAGAAUUGCUCGGCGCUUAUCUCGCCUUAGAAAGAUACUUCCUCGAGGAGAGCGUGAAUAAAGCGUUAGGGAUGGACGCUUUGGAUCCUGAUCAACAAACUUCCAGCAUGGUCGACGAUGUGUUUUUCAUAGUGCAGAAGUGUGUGCGACGUGCUAUGUCAAGUUGGAGCAUAGACGGCGUAUGUGCCGUCGUCAAUAUGGCCUGCGGUAUCCUUGAGGGCGAUUUUGCCAACCGGCUAAGGAAUAGAUUGCGUCAAGGUUACCCGGCAGGCUAUUUGGACCUGGCGCAGGCAUACAGUGCUCUUCAAACGAGCAUUCAACACGGUCGUUUACAGACAUCGGAUACGGAAUACGCUCGUCUCAUGUUCCUGGCAUACUUGAAUAACACUGACGUAAGUACAGAGUACGUAGAGACACUAUGCAAGAGCCUCGGUGCGGAAAUCGACGCGACGUUUCCUAAUAUGCAGAAGAAGGACAGGGGCAAAAUCGACAGCUGCUUAUCCAGCCUGAAAGGGGUCAUUCUGAUUCUACGAGGUGUCAUUGAUUAUGGCUUGGAACAGCUGCGCGUCAGCGCCGUGAAACCCAGAGUUACACCAUGGGUCGACGCGUUUCUCUCCAUUGAUCAUCAUAUUAAUGAAGACGAAUUAUUGAGAUACGAAACUGACGAACCGUUUGUGCAAACAUUAGUCAUGAAUCUGGAGGGUCUGCUUCAAGUAUUCAAGGGUAGUCUUACUACUUCCAAUUAUGAUGCGCUUAUCGGCCUUUUGACCGCGGAAGUUACGGCUCGCUUGGAGAAAGUGGUCUUAAAAUCGACCUUCAAUCGAGCAGGAGGACUGAUAUUAGACAAGGAAAUACGAUCGUUAGCAAGCUAUUUGGCUGCUGCUACGUCGUGGUCUGUGAGGGAUAAGUUUGCGCGUUUGACGCAGAUUGCUACUAUCCUGAGCAUAGAAAAGGUAGAAGAACUUGCAGACUACUGCGGCGCGGAUGCAAUAGCAUGGCGAUUAACGCCGUCGGAGGUCCGACGUAUCGCUUCUUUAAGGAUAGAUAUCAGGCCGGAAGAUAUCAAGAGGCUGAAGCUGUAAUUAUUUCACAAUCGAAAAUUAUCAAUCUGUUCGUGCAAUUGGGUGAAAUUUUCCUACAUUACAUUUUGCAUAUGUACAUAAAAAAGUUAAGCGUAUAAUAAAUUAUCUAUAUUAGCA